UCCUCCUUGCACCUCUCUCCUCAACUCGUACCCUUCCCUUUCUCUGCACUUGAUCCCCUUUGUUUUCUAUUCGUUCUAGGGUUUGAAAUUAUGGGGCUCUCCUUUCUCCAAAACCCAUAAAAUAUUGAACCUUGCUAUAUUAAAAUUUAUACAUAUAUUUUACUAUAUUUUUCUUGUUUUCUGUUCUCUUUAGCUCUCUGUGUAUGGCUGGCUUAGACUUGGGUUCAGCAUCUCGGUUUGUUCAUCAGCAGCUCCAACUCCCUGAUCUCCACCUCCAAAGACCGCCGGACUCCGAAGAUGACCACACCACCCCCAACCGCAACAAUCUUUUCUCCUCUGACCACCACCAAAAUGAUGUUGAUAAUGACAAUCAUCAUCAUCAAGGGUUUGACCUGGUGACCCCAAAUCCUGGUUCGGGUGAUUCCGGGAGCCGACGCUCCAGAGGUCGGCCCCCAGGGUCUAGAAACAAGCCCAAACCCCCAGUGAUCAUAACUCGUGAGAGCGCAAACACCCUAAGAGCACAUAUUUUGGAGGUCAGCAGUGGCUGUGAUGUGUUUGAUUCCGUCGGCACUUAUGCGAGGAAAAGGCAGCGAGGGAUUUGUGUUUUGAGUGGGAGUGGUAUGGUGACCAACGUGAGCUUGCGUCAACCGUCAGCGGCUGGCGCAGUUCUCACACUGCACGGCAGAUUUGAGAUUCUGUCAUUAACAGGUUCAUUUCUGCCGCCGCCUGCACCUCCUGGGGCCACCAGCCUCACAAUAUUUUUAGCUGGUGGUCAAGGCCAGGUUGUGGGUGGAAAUGUUGUGGGAGCACUAAUAGCAUCUGGACCUGUUAUUGUCAUAGCCUCAUCGUUUACCAACGUGGCUUAUGAAAGAUUGCCCUUGGAGGAAGAGGAGCAGCUGCAGAUGCAGCAGCCUGUGCCACAGUCCUCAGGUGGCGGAGGUGGUGGUGAUGGCAGCGGUGGCGUAGGAGUAAGCAACCCCUUUCCAGAUCCGUCUUCGGGGCUUCCCUUCUUUAACCUGCCGCUCAAUAACAUGCCUCAUCAGCUGCAGGUUGAUAGUUGGGGAGGAAACUCUGCUGGGCGGCCGCCUUAUUGAUAGUUUUUGCUAGCUAUAGGUCAGGUCAACCAAGGUCAGAGAAUCGAUCUUUAUAUUAAUAUCAUCACCCCCAUUCCCUAGCCUUGUACAAUUAUUUUUCUUGCUUAAUUUCUUUCGUCUAUCUUCUCGUAACUUCAUUUUGGUUCCUAAUUUGUAUUGCUUUUUAAUGUGUCCAUGGAAUGUUGAUGGAAAUUGGAUUUUGGAACUCCCUUUUCUUAAUUAGAAAUGG